AUGACCAAAUCCUUUCUAGCUAAUGCUGAGCUCGGCACCAUAUGGAAAAACAACCCAUCUAUUCUCCACAAUGGGUUUCCAGAUGAUAAUUUUUCUGUGCGUCUCAUCUUAUCUCAUCCUUAUGGCACCGCCAGGAUUAGUGUCGGGUCAUCUGUGGACAGUGUUCCUUUAUUUGCCUGCGGCUUCUUUUGUGCAGGACUUACAGCCACUUGCAAUGCCUACAUCUUUUCCAUAUUCAUUGUCAAUGCCUUCAGUAUAGGUGCUGUUUUGUACUUGGAAUCACCCCAGGUAGUCUGGUCUGCCAACCACGACAGGCCAGUCAAAGAGAAUGCAACUGUUCAACUUACUGAACUGGGUGACUUGGUGCUGUAUGAUGCAGAUGGCACACUGGUUUGGUCCACCAAUACCACUGGCAAGUCAGUGGUUGGCAUGAAUCUCACUGGGUCAGGCAAUCUGGUGCUCUUAGAUCAUAGAAAUAUGGAAGUAUGGAGGUCCUCCGAUCACCCAACUAACACCCUUGUCACUGGGCAGGUGCUACAUUUGGGGCAGAAACUCAUAGCAACAAACACUUCAGCAUACAUAGCACUCAAGAAUGGAAGCCUGGAGGUUUUCACUUCAUUCAGGGGAACAGACGGACCAGAUUAUCUCAUUCAAUUUCCCAUGAAUGCCUAUGGACUGGAGUUUGUGAGGCUAGAUUGGGAUGGACACUUAAGGCUAUACCAGGGGGGAAAUGGGCUGCCCAAAAGAUUUUGUUUUGAGAGUUUGAAAUCAGCAACUGGAGAUUUCUCAAGGAGAAUUGGGGUUGGAGGAUCUGGGUCUGUUUUUGAGGGACAUAUUGGUGAUAAGCAGGUUGCUGUGAAGAGAUUGGAUGGCAUAAAUCAGGGGGAAAUGGAAUUCUUAAUGGAGGUUCAGACUGUUGGAAGCAUCAACCACAUACAUCUGGUGAAUCUAGUUGGAUUUUGCGCUGAGAAAUCACAUAGGCUUCUUGUCUAUGAGUACAUGCCUAAUGGAUCUUUGGAUAAGUGGAUUUUCGUGAAGCACCAAGUGGGCCCACUUGAUUGGAAGACCAGAUUGAAGAUCAUCACUGGUGUAGCAAGAGGAUUAGCUUAUCUUCACAGUGAUUGCCGACAAACAAUAGCUCAUCUAGACAUCAAGCCACAAAACAUCCUAUUGGAUGAGAUGUUUGCUGCUAAGGUAUCUGACUUUGGGCUUGCCAAGCUAAUUGAUCGUGAGCAGAGCACUAUAAUGACUAGACUGAGAGGUACACUGGGUUAUUUAGCCCCUGAGUGGCUAACAUCUAUCAUCACCGAAAAAGUUGACGUCUAUAGCUUUGGCAUUGUCAUCAUGGAAAUCUUGUGUGGAAGAAGAAAUUUGGACUACUCACAGCCUGAAGAAAGCCAGCAUCUCAUCAGCAUGCUGCAAGAGAAAGCCAAAGGCAACCAGCUGAUGAACCUCAUUGAUCCACGCUCCACUGAUAUGGAAUUCCAUAUAGAUGAAGUGCUCCGCACCAUGAACCUAGCUAUGUGGUGCUUGCAAGUUGAUAGCAAUAGAAGGCCUUCCAUGUCCAUGGUGGUCAAGAUCCUUGAAGGUACAAUGAGCGUCGAAACCGAGCUUGAUUUGGACCUUGUAAAUAUAGACCUAAUGAUGGCGAAUCGAACAUCGAACAACACGUUGGGAUGA